AUGGCAGCUAACUCCACCCUUUUCUCUCCUUACAAGAUGGCCAGAUUCAACCUCUCUCACAGGGUCGUAUUGGCUCCCAUGACACGAUGCAGAGCGCUGAAUGGGAUUCCAAACGCAGCACUUGCUGAGUACUACGCUCAAAGAUCAACCCCAGGUGGAUUUCUCAUCAGCGAAGGGACAUUGAUCUCCCCCACUGCUCCUGGGUAUGCUCACCUGCCUGGAAUAUACACUGAUGAACAAGUGGAAGCAUGGAGAAAUGUUGUGGACGCUGUGCAUGCUAAAGGCAGCAUCAUCUUCUGUCAACUUUGGCAUGUUGGUCGUGCAUCACAUCCAGUUUAUCAGCCUGGUGGGGUUGCACCCAUUUCCUCCACCAGCAAUCCCAUAUCAGAAAAGUGGAAGAUUUUCAUGCCAGAUGGGUCCCCUAGCGUGUUCCCAGAACCUCGUGCACUUACUACCGCUGAAAUAUCAGAAGUAGUGCAGGAUUAUCGCCAAUCAGCAAUUAAUGCAAUUCGAGCAGGCUUUGAUGGAGUCGAGAUUCAUGGGGCACAUGGGUAUCUCAUUGAUCAAUUUUUGAAGGAUGCAAUCAAUGAUCGUACAGAUGAGUAUGGUGGAUCACUAGAAAACCGGUGCAGGUUCCUAAUGCAGGUGGUUGAAGCUGUUGCUUCUGCCAUUGGGGUAGAAAGAGUUGGUCUCAGAAUUUCACCAGCAACUGAUAACAUGGAUGCCGUUGAUUCUGACCCACUUGGACUAGGCUUGGCAGUGAUUGAGAGACUCAACAAAUUCCAGAAAGAAAAGGGCACAAAACUCACUUACCUCCAUGUUACUCAGCCUCGAUUCACCUUUGAGGAACCCUUAUCAAGGAACGAAGAGGAUAGAGUUUAUAUGGAGAAGUGGAGAAAGGGUUAUGAGGGAACAUUUAUGUGCAGUGGUGGCUUUACUAGGGAGUCAGGAAUGGAAGCUGUGGCUCAAAGCCAUGCUGACUUGGUUUCCUUUGGUCGUCUUUUCAUCUCCAAUCCAGACUUGGUUUCGAGGUUCAAGCUGAAUGCACCUCUAACCAAGUACGACAGGAACACCUUUUACACCCAUGAUCUUGUCAUUGGCUACACAGAUUAUCCUUUCCUUCCUGCACAAUGA